UAAAUUACACUUUCCUUUUUUGAAAACCAGCAUAAAUAUUACAAAUUACUCGAAACAUAUGAAAACGAUGUAACCUGCUGUCAGCUUGAUUCGUUUUGGCUAUGUUUAUCUCUUGCUAUGUUUGGCAUCAGUGGUUUUCGUUACGAAAGAGCAGACGGCGCACAGCAGACGACGCGCCAUGAACUUUGCCUGCGCACUUGCCGCCUUGCGGAAUCAUCGUCCUCCGCAACAGUUCUAGUCUAACACCAAGGAGUGCAAUUAUGGCUUUACGACAGCUUGUACGUUUUUCGUUAUCGAUUAAUUCACCUCACUCAUAUCUUAAAACCUUUUGCCGAGGAGUAUCAGUGUCUGGAAAACCCUUUAGUGAGGGGGAAGAUCUACAGGUGUCUCACCUCCAGGCAGACCUCAGUGGAAUAACAGUUUUGGGAUUCAACCGCCCUCAAGCAAAAAAUGCUUUGAGUAAAAAUCUUGUCAACCAGCUGUGUGACUCUUUAGAAGCAAUACGGUAUGACCCCAGUGUUAAAAUUGUUAUACUACGCAGCCUUGUUCCGAAAGUUUUCUGUGCUGGUGCUGACUUAAAAGAACGGGCAUCUUUCUCGCAAGCUGAAGUGAAUGCAUUUGUCAAUAAGUUACGAAUGAUGACAAAUUACAUUGAAAACUUACCUUGCCCUGUCAUAGCUGCCCUAGAUGGGGUUGCACUCGGUGGUGGCCUGGAAAUAGCCCUUGCCUGUGAUAUAAGAACAGCUUCAUCUUCAUCAAGGAUGGGAUUAGUUGAAACUAAAUUAGCCAUCAUCCCAGGUGCUGGAGGAUCUCAAAGGCUACCAAGAAUAGUGGGAGUCGGAAAAGCUAAGGAACUAAUAUUUACUGGCAGAAUACUGACUGGAACAGAAGCUUUUCAAAUGGGUUUGGUAAACUCUGUGGUAGAGCAAAAUGCAGAUCAGGAUGCUGCCUACAUGAAAGCUCUGUCAAUUGCAUCCGAAAUUCUACCGAAUGGACCUAUAGCAGUUCAAAUGGCCAAAUCGGCAAUAAAUAGAGGAAUGGAGGUUGAUAUAAAUUCUGGCUGUUUCAUUGAAGAGGCAUGUUAUGCUAGACUAAUCCCUACUAAAGAUCGACUUGAAGGGCUUAAGUCAUUCAGAGAGAAGAGAGCUCCUGCUUAUAAAGGAGAAUGAUAUUUUGCUGUGUGAAUGAAAAAUUUUAUAGGUUGUAUAUUCUUGGAAUUAACAAAUAUAAAUUGGAACACCACAGUGAUA